AUGGCUACCACCCUAACAGGACAGUCCACCACUGCCACAAUUCCAUCCAAAGACCGCAUUGAGCCGGGCUCUGUCAAUGUUUCCAUUGGCAAGUUUCCGCCAACGGCCUCUUCUGAUUUCUCAACGUCUGCAGGCGACAUUGCGGCCAAACUAGUUGCCGAGUUUAACGAAGCACUUAGUCAGAAAAAUGCCCAGGUCGUGUCGCAGCUGUUCUUACAGCAUGGCUACUGGCGUGAUCAUCUCGCACUCUCAUGGGACUUUCACACCUUGAUUGGGCGCGACAAGAUUGCCAGCUUCCUGGGCCAAGGGAUUCGUCUUUCCCAGAUCGAGCUGGAUUAUUCAUCCCCCGUGCGAGCGCCACAUUUUGGUCCCAUUGACGGCGGUCUGGGGGAGGUUAAGGGUGUUGAGUUCUUUGUGAAGUUCACAACUGAACUUGGUUCGGGGGUAGGCAUUGCUCGAGUCGCCGAGGAGUCAGCGGGACAAUGGAGAUUCUUUUUGUUGUCAACGACACUCUCUGAUUUAACUGGACAUGAGCGGCGUAUCCGUCACAAUCGACCAAUUGGUGUGCAACAUGGAGCUGACUCGCGUCAACACAAUUGGAAGGAGAUGCGUGAUGCGGAGAAGAAUUUCGAGGGCAAUGAGCCGCAAGUGGUUGUUAUUGGUGCCGGACAGGGAGGGCUGAGUGUUGCAGCGUGUUUGAAGAUGCUAGGUGUCGAAACCCUGGUUAUUGAUCGUGAGGAGCGCGUCGGGGAUAACUGGCGGAACAGAUAUCGUCAUCUCGUACUGCACGAUCCUCUAUGGAUGAAUCAUUUGCCCUACCUACCGUUUCCAUCAUCAUGGCCAGUUUUCAUACCGAAGGAUAAAAUGGGAGACUUUCUGGAGGCGUACGCUACGCUCCUGGAUCUUAAUGUUUGGACAAAAACGAGUCUGGUGUCCUCUUCGUGGGACGACGGCACCAAACAGUGGUCUGUCACCGUGGAGAGAAAGCAGCAUGACGGAACUAAAGAAACACGUACCUUCCGACCUCAUCAUGUCAUUCUCGCUACCGGGCAUUCAGGUAAGAAGUAUUUCCCUAGCAUAAACGGACUGGAUACCUUCCAGGGAGAUGUUUUGUGCCACAGCUCCGAGUUCAAGGGCGCGCGGCCAAACGCCCAAGGAAAGAAAGCCGUGGUGGUCGGCUGCUGCAAUUCCGGACACGAUAUUUCGCAAGAUUACUACGAGCAGGGUUACGACGUGACUAUGGUCCAGCGAAGCUCGACUCUGGUUGUUUCGUCCGAGACUCUGGUUGCUACUCUCAAGGAGCUCUAUGACGACGAUGGCCCAGCCACUGAAGAUGCCGACCUGUGCCUCCUGAGCCUGCCUUCGGAGAUUUUCAAGGCCGUCCAGAUUGGAGUAACGCGUAAAUUCACGCAUGUGGACAGAGAACUCUUGGAGGGUCUAGAUAGAGCGGGCUUCAAGAUUGACCAGGGGCCGGACGAUGGCGGAAUAUACAUCAAAUACUUCCAACGCGGCGGUGGCUAUUACAUCAACGUCGGCACGAGCAAGUUGAUUAUCGACAGAAAGAUCAGAAUCAAGCAAGGACAAGAAAUCACGCGGAUCCUGCCACACGGGAUUGAGUUUGCGGAUGGCUCGGUUCUGGAAGCAGACGAGAUUGUCUUUGCUACUGGGUACCAGAACAUGCACAGCGAGGCAAAAAGCAUCCUUGGCGAUGCCGUUACGGAUCGUAUUGGAAAUGUCUGGGGGUAUGAUGAGGAAGGGGAAUUGAGGUCUCUGUGCAGGCCCAGCGGUCACCCUGGGUUCUGGUACAUGGGCGGCAAUCUGUUGCUGUGUCGAUAUUUCUCAAAGCUCUUAGCUUUGCAGAUCAAGGCCAUUGAGGAGGGACUGAACACGAGAGACUAG